CAGAAAUUAAUUUUUAAAAACAAUGUUAUGUUGCAUAAAAACUUCCAGAUAUAGAUUUGAGAAUGUGUCAUGUGAACAUAGUAAUAUGAAAAAAAGUACACUCGAUUGUCCGAAUUAUCACAAAAAAAUUGUGAUUUCGAUUCACGCUCACCGAAAGGCUUUGCAAUACGUUAAACUUCUCGAAGAUACCUUCUCAAUAUCGUUUGCUGUGCAACUUCUUCUAGUUACAGGCUGCUUGAGUAUUACUUUGGUACAAAUUUCGACGCAUCUGCAUGAUUUAGCGGAAGCGAUGCGAUACUUCGUCUUCUUUAUGGCUCAAUUGUUUCAUCUGUUCUGCUUUAGCUUCCAGGGACAAAAAUUGAUAAAUCAUAGUCUUGAAACUUGCGAUAACAUAUAUCAUAGUUUGUGGUAUAAAAUACCCGUGAAGGAACAAAGGCUGCUUCUCUUUGUGAUGAGAAAAGGCAUCGAAGCUAGUGCAUUGACCGCUGGCAAAAUAUAUGUGUUUUCUUUAGAAAAUUUUACAAUGGUCGUGCAAAGCUCGAUGUCAUACUUUACAUUAUUAUCAUCCUUUGAUGUGUAAUGAUCGAUAAUCGACGAGUAAGGCAGCAGUA